AUGGCCUCCCCCGACCCACCGCCCCCCACCAGCCAUGCACCACCUGAUGUGCCCUCCGGGUUGGCCCUGUUCUUCACCAUCCCCUAUGCCUUCUUUGUGCCAGAGCUGGCAUCUGGAUUCUGGGUCUGGAUCCUGGUGGCUGCCACCCAAGUGGCAAACCCACUGCUGCAAGGAUGGGUGAUGUAUGUCUCACUGACCUCGUUCCUCAUCUCCCUCAUGUUCCUGUUGUCUUACUUGCUUGGAUUUUACAAGAGAUUUGAGUCCUGGAGAGUCCUGGACAGCCUGUACCACGGGACCACCGGCAUCCUGUACAUGAGUGCAGCUGUCCUGCAGGCCCAUGCUACCAUCGUCUCUGAGAUCCAGGACCAAAACAACUACUUCAUAAACACCGGAGCCUCGUUUUUUGCCUUCAUCACCACCCUGCUCUACAUCCUCCACGCCUUCAGCAUCUAUUACCACUGAGGAACCGAGGAGUCCUGCCCUGUGCAAAAUGCUCUUCUAAAACCUGGGUCAUUGG